UACACAGACUCUGGAUGUAGAAUUUAGAUGUUAGUAAUGGAGCGGAACAUGACCGGCCGGGAGGAGGAAGGGUGCAGGCCGAAGAAGCGCGUGCGGUUUCGGGUGGCAUCAGCACGCAGUGGCCGCGUGCUCAGAGAGGUGUACAGGGAAGAGGAGGAGGAAGAGAUUGAGGAUUCUACUGAUUCGGAUACAGCCGCCGGUUCAGAGACCGAGCCGAGCCGAGCCGUCUCUCCCUCCGUCAGCGAGGCUAACAGCCAUCUGAACCGCCUGGCGUGUGAGUUACAUAAGGACAAUGACAGUGACCCGGAUGACCUGCUGGUGUACGCGAGCACCGCGCAUGAACAGCUCUUUAGUCGUAAACGCAUCAACAUCUUCAGCAAGAACGGUACAGUGCGCGGAGUCCGGGACAAAGUGAGUGCAGGACAGGUCCUCUUCAACAACCUGGCUAAAGUGUACGGGGGAUCUUUGCAUGGAAACAGGCAAAAGAGAUCAUGAGUCUGGACAGAAGACCACACAAGUUUACAGAGAACAGAGUACAGGGUCACAUCUUCACCAGUGAGUCCAUAAAGGACCUUAAAGACGUAUAACUGUUUGUGUCACUUAACAUGAACAGUUUUUUGAAACUCUA